AGGCACUUUGGUGGUGUCUCCGUAGAACUGCCCUUUCUAGAGUCUCAGCUAUCAGGUUAACUCGCCGUCACUGGCAUGUCAAUAGUCAAGCAGACCGGUUCUCGAGGGAGUUCGUCUUAAACUGCCAGGGCUGUUUUAGUAAAAUUAUCGGCUAAGAAUCCGCAUCUCUCUUUCCGUUUCUUGGCAACGAAGAAAACAAAAAAUAAAAAUAUCUCAUUGACUUCCAAAUCCAAACCAGUCCGAAGCCCAGAACACGCAUCUGAUCGAGAAGUGCAACAUACAAUUUUUGAAUGAAGCUACGAAAACUAUUAUGAGACAUGCGACUCGCAAAGAUCAUUUCUUCAUCUCUGUUUAUGUGUGUGUGCAGUAUCAUAGAAACUUGGACACGUUAAAAAUCCAUAAAAGAAUUUUGAGAAGCUGCUGAAAUGGAAGACGGUUGCUCUAUUGCAAGGAGAUGGGAGGACCUGGACACUGAUGUUUUGGUGAAGAUUUUCCAGUCCUUCAACAUCUUUGAGCUAACUUCAGGCAUUGCUCAUGUCUGCAGUGCAUGGCGUAUGGCUUGCUGCGAUCCUCAGCUUUGGAAAACACUUGAUUUGUCAAUGUUGAAAUCCAAUUUCAUAAUAAUCCUAUUAGAUCCAUAUGUUUAUGUUGAUAGCCGUUCUGAUAAGACACUAACUCGUCUGUUGAAGAUUUCAUUGAGUCUCAGUAAGGGAAACAUAACAACCUUGAUUUUCCAUUUCAACCUAUACGUGAGCGAUGAUCAGUUGACUUACACUGCUGAAAGGUGCCCAAGGCUCAGACGACUUGUUCUGCCGGCUUGGAACAGAAUAAAAAAAACUGGAAUAUGCAAGGCCAUUGGCACAUGGAAAGAUCUUGAAUCCCUGACAAUGCCUAAGAUAGCAAAUCCCCUGUACCUCAUGGAGGAAAUUUCCAAGAACUGCAAGAACUUUAAUAAACUGAAGAUUAUGGGCCCUUUUGAUGUUUUAUUUGCUUCUACACUAGCUGCAUAUCUUCCAAAAUUGAAGGUCCUAAGUCUCCGAUGCUCAGUUGUAUAUAAAGAUGCUCUGAUAAUAAUUUUGGAUGGUUUGCAACACCUAGAGGUGCUUAACAUAUCGCAUUGCCUUCUGAUAGAAGUCCUUCCAUCACCUGCAUCUAAAAGAGUUGUUAGAGAAAUUGAUGAAUCUAUCCGCAGAAGGGCUUCUCAGUUACGUGAAUUUUUAACAUGCAUGAAAGAUUCAUGCAUUAUGUGCCAGCGAACGAAAAAUGACGAGGGACUCAUGAGGUGGUACAAGUAUGAGGAAGGGCUUUGGAAAGCAGAUGAGGUGAGCUCUCUUGCUCUUUGAUUAGAGCUUGCAGAAUCUUAGUUCCACGAAUUCUCAAGGGUAGUGUAUGACCCUCUCCUUCAGUGAUUGUAAUGCUUUUAUGCUGGAAACAGAAUAAAAUGUCCCUGAAUAAAUGCAAAUUAAAGCUGUCAUUGUGGUCUUGUGUUAUUAAAGCUCCAGGUCAGUAGAUUAGGGGGGUGGGAGGUUGGUUUUGGGGUUUUGAUACACAAUCUGCUUGUUUUGGGAGAGGGGUUACAUAGUUAUGCUUUAUCAAUGUAUAUAUAUGUUGAGUUCGUCUUAGAAUGUGAUUCUCAAUUUUGGUCACCCACACCGAGCAAUUACGAAGAAGUGGCGAAUUACUGA